AUAAAUAAUUCAUAAAAAUAAAACACAACAAAACAGCACAACACGCAAAGUUAGGUUAUUUGCGUGUCUAUAAACACCACCUAGUACUAGAAUCUCAUUAUCACCAGUUAUUUUCAAUACCCUCCAAAAAACAAAAAGAGUUGCCUUCUUCUCUCAUCAUCCUACAAUGCUCAAAAGCUACUCAAUCUCAUCCAAGUGGAUACACAUAAUAGUUACUAAUCAAUAGCUGCCACUUGAGUCGUGCCUACUAUAUAAGGUUUAACUUUGUCUUAAAACAAGAAUCAUAUUCAUCUAGCUAGUUUCAUCUCAGAAAUUCAUGAUGCAAAAUCAUUACUUUAUUUUGUUGCUCCAUCUCUUGUUACAUUUGACGGGCCUCGCGAAAUCCGACCCGGAAGCACUAUACGAUUACUGUGUAGCCGAGACCAAAACUCAUCCAAAUAUAUUUCUAAACAGCGUACCAUGCAUCAACCCCGACCAUACUUUAGCUUCUCACUUUUGGACAUCGGCAUUGUCCGAAGGCGGUAGCAUGAACCAAUUUGAUUUCAACGUUACUCUAACCAAUGUGAACAACUUGGGCGGUCUCAACACUCUGGGCCUAGCCAUGGCGCGGAUCGACAUCGCGGUGAACGGUCUGGUGCCGCCUCAUUCUCACCCUAGGGCUUCCGAACUCACCAUUUUGCUCGAGGGUUCUCUCUUAGUGGGCUUCGUCGACACCUCAAAUCGUCUCUACACGCAACGACUACGGCCCGGCGACUCUUUCGUGUUUCCAAAAGCUUUGAUUCAUUUCUUGUACAACACCGACAUAUCGAGCCCGGCCUUGGCUGUAUCGGGGCUCACCAGUCAGAACCCGGGCGCGCAACUCUCCUCGCUCGCCGCCUUCGCCUCACACCCGCCCCUGCCGGAUGAUGUUCUGCGCAAGGGAUUCAAGAUCAACGGCCAAGAUGUUGCUAGAAUUAGAAGAAAUCUUGGAGGCUAGCUCAUCAUGAAUGUUUAUUUAUAUGUUGCAUAAUUAUUAAUUAAUGACGUGGUUAAAUUUUUAUUUUUUUAUUUUUGAGAAAAGGCUGUUGCAUUGAACGUGAAAGAUGGAAUUGUGCAUGCACGCCAACGGCCAUAUUUUGUUU